GGGGACAAAAACAAAAACCCUGACGAGCCAGAGCGCUAAGUUUGAACCGGGCACACUUACGUAAGUUUUGCCAAAAAUGACACUCGAGAAUUUUGUUCAAAACGGGAAAAAAAUCGUCGGCGUGGCCGCCAAUUAUAAGGCGCUGGUAAAAAUACUCCAAAGGCCCAUUCCGGAAACCCCCGAUAUUUUCCUAAAACCCACAACUUCGUACAUUACCGAAGCACAGAAAAUUAUAAUACCUCAAGGUUUUUCCGUCAAUGAGGAAAUUGAGUUGGGGGUGAUCAUUGGUAAAAGUGGGAAAUUUAUUACAGAAAGUCAAGCAAUGGAUCAUGUUGGUGGCUACUGUGUUGCUCUUGACAUGACGGCCACCUGUCGAAUGAAAGAGGCAAGGAGUAAGGGUGGCUCAUGGACUCUCGGGAAAGGGUUUGAUACCGCAUGCCCUGUCAGUAAAUUUAUACCAAAGAGUGCGAUUAAGGAUCCUCACGAUUUGAACCUUUGGUGUAAAGUUAAUGGGGAACUUAGACAAGAAGGAAACACAAACGAUUUAAUUUUCUCCAUACCAAAAUUAAUUUCUUUCAUAUCACAGUAUAUCACAUUAGAAAAUAAUGAUUUGAUAAUCACGGGGUCGCCACCAGGGAUGGGUCCUGUUCAUCCAGGUGACGUCAUUGAGAGUGGAAUAGAAAAUAUUAUUAACUUUAAGUACAGCGUGUCAAAUUAAUUAAAAUCGUAAUAAAUUAAUCUAUACUAGUAA